UCGAGAGGACGGGUUUCAUAAAAUUAAAUUUACCUUAUAAAUCCUAGUUCCACCACUGCAUACUGAUAAUUUUUUGUAGUUAGAAAUAUAUAUAUGCUAAUUAGUACUUAGUAGACUAAUAUAUUAUCUUCGCACAGAAUUGUUUUUCAUGUGCAAUAAUUUAUCGUUUAAUUCAAAUUUGUACCUACUUUCCACUUUUUUUAUAUUUUUCUUAUUAUUCAUUGAUUCGUAUUUGUACAUUUAUACUCAUUUUCUAUAUUAUAUAUUUAUGAUUAUACGAUAUAGGUAUUGAAUUGACAUUUUUAAUUUGUAUUGUUCUUUCUGAAUUUUAUCUUCCCUUUCUGUGUUUAUAAAUAUAAUAUUUCCGGUAGUUACCCAUUUGCGCCAAAAAAAAUUGAUUCGUUUUGGGUAUAGCCCAUUUGCGCCAAAUUUACCUGUUUAAACAUUUUACAUUAAAUAAUUGGUUAAAUCGUAUAUUUAAAAGACGUUGUUUCUGUAACGUACUAACGUAUAAUAAAGUUAUUUUUAUAUAAGUCUGUAGAUUUUAAAGCUUUAUUGUAUAUUAUUGCGUAAAUUGUAGAAAGAUUGAAAACAAGUUUUAUAUCAGUUUUAUUAUAUUUUAGGAUGUAGAUAAUCUGUUAUCGGAUUUAGGUAUCGUCGUUCGUUAAAAAAACGAUCGCAGUGUGAUUUUAUCAGACAUUCGUUUCGUUAUACUAUUCAUGUCUAAAUAAUAUUCUUGUCUAUAAUUAUAUAAUUACGUUAUACCAUAUAUUUAUUUAUAUUUAAAUCAUUUGAAUAAUAAAAAUGGAGUUCAUUACAAGCACUAAAGGGAAAAAAAUUAUUGUAGAAAAUGGCCAUAAGUAUGUUUUGGCAUAUACAUUUGCUAAAAAUGUUGAACGGUGGCGUUGUUCAAUUAAAAUAUGCCCAGCGAAAAUAUUAAUACAAGACGGAAAUAUUAUUAAAAAGCAUGAUGAACAUAAUCACGAAAAAUGUUCAACUAUUGCACGACAAAAUGUAGCUGCGGCAUGCAAGCGUGUGGCUGUCGAAGAUCGGAAGAUAUAAGUAUUCAUCCUAGAAAAAUGAUUUUAACUGAAAUGAAUAAUUAUAUGACUAAUUCAGAUUUCACUGUGUCUGAUGUAUCUGCUAUACGAAAAAGUAUUUACCAUGCUCGUCAAAAAUCUCUUCCUUCAAAUCCUAAAUUUAUGUCUGAUGUUCAUAAAACAUUAAAUAUAGUAGGAAUAAGUAAGUAUAUAUUUACUUGCUAUGAAAAUUUAAAAUUUUUAUGUAAAUCCGAAACAAUAUACAUUGAUGGAACUUUUUCGUACUGCCCAAAAUAUUUUACACAAUUUUUUGUAAUUUAUGGAUUUAUCAAUGAAUAUUAUGUACCAUUAGUAUUUUGUAUUUUAAAUAAUAAAUCGACAAAAACGUAUGAAUGUGCUUUAUUAUAUGUCAAAAAUAAAGCAAUGCAAAAUUUCGGUUUAAUGUUAAAACCAAAAUAUGUCACUGUUGAUUUCGAAUUAGCUAUACAUCUCGCUGUGAAAUCAGUAUGGCCAUUAUCCGAAAUUAUAGGCUGUCGUGUUCACUUGACUCAAGCCUGGUACAGGAAAAUUCAAGCGCUAGGGUUAACUUCAGCUUAUAAAGAUAACAAGUGGUUAAAAUUUACAUUUGGUUUAACUUUUCUCGAUCCAAAUGAAGUUUCCGAUUGUUUUGUAGAAGAUUUUAUGCAUGAAAUUCCUGAUUAUCCAAAAUACCGGGAGUAUGCGGAUUAUUUAGUAGAUAACUACAUUGGAGAAAUUCAAAGUUCCCUCCAAACAUUUGGGCUGCAUUUGCAGCUGAUUUAACUAGAACAACCAAUAACUGUGAAUCUUUUCAUUCACACUUCAAUGAACAAUUUUAUAAAUCACAUCCUAAUAUUUUUACAUUUUUAGAAAUUUUAAUUAAAACAGUUCAAAUUGAUGUUUAUAUUAAAAUCAAUAAUAUAAAAAAAAUAUACCUAACCCCAAAAAUUCACAAGUUAAAAAAAGAUUAAAAACUACUCUAAAAGCAAUACAAAAUUAUAAAAACAAAAAAUCAA